AAUCUUUUUUGCACCAUGGUGAGACAAGAGCCCAUCUACCUCGACGACAACGCUUCGUACCCCAAGGAACACUUCCUCGUGCCCGCCCACUACCUGCCGUACGUGGACAGCGUCUUGAUCCCGCAGGGCUUGAUCAACGACCGCAUCGAGAAGCUCGCGCAGGACAUUCGCCAUGCGUAUCAGGGCCAGACGAUCCACCUCCUCUGCGUGCUCAAGGGCGGCGCCGCCUUCUUCCACGCGCUCAUCGAGAAGCUGCGCUUGUUCCACAAGUACAACACGUGCGACUACGUCCCGUUCACGUUUGACUUUAUCAAAGUCAAGUCGUACGACGGUCUCCAGUCGACGGGCAACGUCCAAGUGAGCGGCGCUGACAUUGCCAAGUUCAAGGGCAAGCACUUGCUGCUUGUCGAAGACAUCAUUGACACGGGCAAGACCAUGGCCAAGCUCGUGCCGUACCUCUCGGCGGCGGAGCCGGCCUCGAUCAAGGUCUCGAGCCUCUUGGAGAAGCGCAACCCUGAGUCGUGCGGCUUCCUCGCCGACUUUGUGGGCUUUUCGAUCCCGGACAAGUUUGUCAUUGGCUGCUGCCUCGACUACAACGAGAUCUUCCGGGACUUGGACCACAUCUGCGUCAUCAACAACGCGGGUAUUGCCAAGUGGGCGUCGUCGUAGACCUAGUUAAGACGACCAUAUCAACACGCAGAUGUUAUAUGUUGCUUCACGAC